AUGGAGCCAGACGUGCUGCCGGUGUUCUAUUUCAACGAUCUGCUGUUGAGCAAUAUUGGUGACACAAUAGGUCUCAAUUUGUUCGAGCCUCGCUACCAGCUCAUGUGCAACCGCAUGGCCUCGGAUCCGCGCUUCCUUUUCAUGCCCAACUACGAGGACUACCGGUGCGCACCGGGAGACGUUGGCUUCGUUGUGAGAUUGACGGGAUUGUGGCAGCAGGCACAUGGCAGCAGCUACGGUGUGCAGGGCUAUGCCGAGCAGUUGGUAGCGGUGUCAUGCGCUUGGGAGGAACCGGACACCCACCACCUCCACUAUGCCCAGUACUGGAAGUUGGACGAAACAAAGGCACCGCUCUACCACAAGGAGAUUCAAGCGCUUGCACAUGGUAUGCUUCGGUGUGGAUGGACAUCCGUCCCUGAGCAGUACCCCACAGGGCACAUCCGGCACUUUUGCAAUGGCAAGUCCGAGGUGCUUUGUGGUUGCAACUGGCCGGAUCGCGCCUGGGUUCUGGCAUUCCUCGCUGACGAUGACGAGAGGCACUUGAAAUGCGGCUGGACGGCGGGGCUGCCAGAAUUGGUUAUGCCGCGUUUUUCUGGAGACGCUUUUCUAGAGAAGGCCGUACAGUGCUUCCCAGCUCUGCAGCAUGGAACACCAUUGCAGGAGGUGCUGGAGCAGCUGCGUGCGGGUGUGUCAGAAGAUGUUGAUGCCAUGCGCUCCCUCCGAGAUCUCCAGCAGACAGAGCUUGGCGGUCCGAUUGUACAGCGUCGGUUAGCCGACCCUCUGCUGCCAAAGGCUCUGUGGGCACAGCUCUUGAGCGAGGCGAGACUUUCUCGCGUUCGCGGGAUGCCGGCCCGGAUGCCGACUGUGCGGCUGGAGGUGGACUUCGUCGGUCUGCGACCCUUGAGAAGCGAUGGCAAUGGAGGCUAUGUCGCAGCCAAAACAGUCGAACCAUCAAUCGUGGUUCUGUUGUCCAACGAUUCAAACGUUGAUAUCCGAGCGCUGCCUCAGGACAUUGAGCUUUCUGCUGAGUCUGCUCGCGCCUGCCUGUCAAAACUUCAGUGGCAGUUGAACAGGCUUCGCUUGGCGAUCAUCCAUCGGGCUCGCUCUAAAGGCCAGCGGCCCCUAGCCAUGCUUGAGGAUGAUGUUGCGCAGCAGAUGUGUGACUUCGUUGCUUGUCAUCCAGUGCGUCCAGUGACAGCCCAAGAUGCCAGGGCAUGA